AUUAAUUACAGUAUAUUAUGCAUUAUGUUUAAUGCAUGAACUUUUCAUAAACAUACUGUACAGUACGUCAAAGUAACAAGGCUAUAACAUCAAAUGUAGUCAUGGUUUAAUGGACUUAUCUUUCAUGUAAAUAUUGGAAAUUGCCGGAAAAUAAUAUGUUUCCAAACCAUGCUAAACAGAAAUGACUUCCCAAAAAAGUGUUGAGAUUCAGUGAUGAAGUUUGCAAUAAAUGUGUGACAGUGCGUGCGUAGUUUUAGGAAGUGAAACGAACUGACUUAUUCGUACUGUAAUACAGGAAGUUACCUAACGGUAUCUCCAUUAUAAUGGCAACCACAACGACUGAAAAUAAAUUAUUAUCAAGCGAACUGGAGGCGAAUGAAUUGCUGGAAGCCGUUCUCAAACAAAUGGACGGCAUCAUAUCAGGUGAUACAGAGUACAUUGCAUCGCCUGAUGACACAGGAAACAACCCGGCGUCUAACACUGGUUUACAACAUGGUAUUCGAUCCACAUCAAUCUUGGCAGCAGCUCAGUCACUUGCCAUGGCGCUCCAACAACAAUCAUCCAGUAUGCACCCUUCACCGGAUCCCAUAACGGCCGAUAUCAUCAAUACAUGGCUUGAUUCUCAUUUACCGCGCCAAGAUACAGAUGAACGGCUACGACGUCUACAAAAGGAUAAAGAAUCCCUUGCUCUGCAGGUUAAAACACUUACAGAGCAAAUGCAAUCGCAAUCGACCAAACUCAGUGAAUUAGAAAACAUGAUAAAAGAGAAGAAUCAGCUACUGUCUAACGCGGAAGAUCUCCUCCAGCGAGUAAGCGUAUUUGCAAAAACAGUUGGCAUCCAGAUUGACAAACAAAAAGAAAUGCUUUCGCGAUCUUCUGUUGAAACUCAGAAAUUAGAGCUUAUGUCAGCGAUGAGUGAGCUCAAACUCCAGCAAGCUGCUCUGGAAAGAGAAAAUCUGGAACUGCGUACAAAUUUUGUAACAAACACCGUAGGAUCAGCAGGAUUGAUGAAUGGAGGUCUUACCGUUGGGAAUGGAGGUGGAGCUACAAUAACAAAUGUGCUUAAUAACAAUAGCAUUACGUCUAGUUUACUCAGAAGACCUCAGAUUAUUACGAACACCCGAAUGGUAGGCAUGUCACCCUCAGCGCCAGGUGCAUCGCUGAUCUCAUCUCCAAUACAUCAUGGCAGUCACGGUAGUUUACCGCAAACGGCAAUAAGUCCUAUAACUCCGAAGACCCCACCUGCAUCUUAUCGGCAGCGUAUCGAUGUUCAUUACAGUAGUCUUCCACGGCAAGCUUUUGCUACCACAUUAUCGACAGUUAGCACAUCCAGCGGUUCUUCGACAACCACCGAUAGUAAUGCCAACCCGAAGCGAGUCGUGGCUUUUGCUGAAACAGAAAAUCGAGACAUCGGGAGCUCUGAGCAAACCGAAGGUAUUAUUGCUACACGAAGCUUCACUCCCCAACCGUCACCAUCACCGUCAAUGAGUAACAAGUUGAAAAAUAUUUUUGGCAAAAUCAAACGAAGCAAUAGUGGAACAUUGGAUGACAUGACAUCUUCUGAUGGAGAAUUCAAACGCGGAGGAGUUCGUGCUACUGCUGGCGCUCGUUUAGGAUGGAGUGGAACGUCUCAGUAUCGUAAACCGGACAAACCAUUUCACGAAUGGGAUAUAGAUGCGGUCUGUUUAUGGUUUGAUCAUCUUGGCUUAAGCAUGUAUGAAGAUGAAUUACGAAGGUGGUUAAAAUUGAGCUCGGUGCCCGGAAGCGAAUUAAUGAAAGCAUCGCCAGUAGAUUUCGAAAAAGAGUUACCGUUGCGGAAUCCAUUGCAUCGGAAAAAGAUAGUGUUAGCUAUUGCCGACACCUCGGGAACAGCAAGCGAUGAUGAGCUGUUGAAGUGCGCCGGAAAACUGGAUACAUCAUGGGUUCAGCGAUGGCUAGAUGAUAUUGGUAUGCCCCAAUACAAGGACACAUUCAUAGCAGCUCGGAUGGAUGGUCGAAUGUUGCAUAAAUUAACGAUGGAUGAUUUGGUUCAUUUGCAAAUGUCGUCCUGUCUACAUGUAUCAAGCAUUCGUCGUGGCAUACAGCUUAUGCGUAGUGAAAAAUGGAAUCCGGAUUGUCUCAUUCGUCGGCCAUUACAAGUAUACAUAAAUGCCAAAGACGAUGUCAGGUUGUGGACUUCUCAAAGAGUUCACGAGUGGCUCCGGGCGGUCGAUUUAGCCGAAUACGCUCCUAAUUUACGAGGUUCUGGUGUACAUGGCGCGCUUAUGAUAUUUGAAGUCAAGUUUACGGCCGAACUGUUUGCUGAUUUACUGAACAUACCCUCAAGCAAAACAUUGUUACGUCGUCAUUUAGCGACUCAUUUUAAAGACCUUUUGGGACGCGACAUCAUACAAGUGAAACGUGAAGCUGAAAACACACUUGGAUUCCAACCAUUGACGAUUUCCGCCAAAAUAAAGACACCGAAAAAGUCUCAAUUCUCUUUGAAACGAAAAAAAAGCAACAAAGGUGGCCAAUUAGGCGGAGAAGAAUGGAGCGAUUAUGUGUGCCCAAUGGGUGGCUCAGGUCAGGAAAUUUUAGACCCAGCAAGUUCUAUGGCUUAUGCUUCAACUAGCACCAAUCCAGGCGGCAACAAUCCAAGUGCUGCUUCUGCCUUUACUUCAAAUGCUUCUUCUGCUAACACUAAUAUUGUCACUAGCAUUGGCACGACGAAGGAUCUUUCAACGGUACCAACUGCUUGUCCCGACAGCACACCCAGCAUCACCACCAGCACAACUACUUCCGGAGUCGGGUCGGAGCAUGCUUCACUUCAUCGUCAGCCGUCGAGUAGCAGUUCGCAGUUGAUGAAUACGACGUCGUUCAUAAAUAAUGGCAUUGCUAGUAGUGCAGGAGGUGGCAGCGAUUCACCAAUAUCAGUUCGCAGUUCCGCUACUUCAACAUCCUAG